ACGACAUGGCGUUGGGAAUGCGAGGGAGAGUGGAGACUGGGCGCAUGUUAGCGAGAAGGACCUCCAAGUCCAAUUCGGGGCGGAGAAACUGAAGUGAAGGGAAGGCGGACAUCUCGAAGAGAUAUCAAAAGCAUAAUAACAAUCCCAUUCUCUGCUUUUAAACCAAAGCUUCUCCUACUUCAGCACUCGCACCAUUUGUUCCCUCCGUUCCCAAUAUCUGCAUUCCGGCUCGUUCUCACUUCCAUGGAGUCCUCCGCUGCUAUCCGAUCUUUUCACUGAAGCGGCAAGCCGCUCCUUGUUGCUUGGGAUUGGGUAUAUGUCAGUUGUGCUGUUGUACUAAAUGCACGAUCGCUGCUGUUGGAUUGCCUUCCAAUCUUAACCAGCCGUGGCCUUCUGCUUUGGUGGGAGAUUCUAUCGAAAGAAAUCUGUGCUCAUAGAGAUCCCGUAAACACCUUGUUACCCAUGCGAUCCUCACUUGAGAAGCCAUAUGAAGUUCCCAUGAAUAAUGCUGUAGGGAGCUCUCAAAAUAAACUUAACUUCCAAUGGUUGGCAAAUGGUGAGAAGCACCUUAGUUCUCAAUUCAAGUGGAAGCGAACGCUAGUAUCAUGCACAAAAAUAACUGAAACCAUCAACACAGGCAAGCCUGAUGCUUUGUCUAGCUCUUCGCAAGACUUGUUGGAGAAGAAGCCCUUGCGAACUACCUUUCCUAAUGGAUUUGAGGCUUUAGUAUUAGAGGUUUGUGAGGAGACUGAAAUUGCUGAGCUGAAAGUAAAGGUUGGAGACUUCGAAAUGAAUCUUAAGAGAAACAUUGGAGCAACGGCAGCUCCUAUGCCCUUUGUUUCACCAAUUACACCACCACCUAUUCCAACUAAGCCCAUGGUUGAAUCAGAACCUGCAUCACCAGCGCCAAAAUCAUCUUCAGAGAAAAUUAGUCCAUUUGCUAAUGUUUCCUUAGAGAAGUCAUCAAAGUUGGCAGCAUUGGAGGCUUCUGGCAACAAUACUUAUGUCCUAAUAUCAUCGCCUACAGUUGGCGCAUUCCAGAGAGGUAGAACACUGAAAGGGAAGAGGCAACCUCCUAUCUGUAAACAGGGUGAUGUAAUCAAAGAAGGACAAGUCAUAGGCUAUUUGGAUCAAUUUGGCACUGAACUUCCUGUCAAGUCUGAUGUGGCCGGAGAAGUAUUGAAGCUACUCUAUGAGGAUGGAGAGGCGGUUGGUUAUGGAGACCCCCUCGUUGCUGUCUUGCCGGCAUUCCAUGAUAUCAAGUGAGCUAGCCGCUCCCUGUUGAAGUAUUGAUGACGAUUAGUCAGUCUUGCGGCUUUCCAUAGACAGAAAGCUGAGAUGUGGGAGUAGGUUCGUUUAUUUUUGAAUUUUUGAACGCUGCGCCAAACCAGGGUUGGGAGGGUAUAUGGGCUUGUUGGUGAGAGAUUUUUUGCAUUAGACUCGAGAAUACUUGCUAAUGUCUGCGGAUUCGAGUAAUGUGUCCUUUGCGAUGACAGUACUUUGUACUCUGGUUUCAUGCAUGUUAUUGAGAAUACAAUAUAAAAGCGAUCUGAUUAAACAUCUUCAAA